CCCUAGUUCUUUCAACCGUGUCUAUGUUGGUCCACGCAAGGCCGUUAACCAACACAACCACAAUUGGUGCGCCAUCCUUAGUGGCACGACUCAAGCUCGAGAAAGGUAAUGAUGGUCAAGAUGGUGGUUCAACGGGGUGUUGGGAAACAUUGUUUGAACUUCAUGCUUGCACAGGAGAGAUCAUACUUUUCUUUUUGAAUGGAGAAACUUAUCUAGGGAUGGGUUGUUGCAGGGCCAUCAAGGAAAUUGAAAAGUUGUGUUGGCCGUCAUUGAUGGGGUCACUUGGUUUCACUUCAGAAGAAGGUGAUAUAUUACGUGGCUAUUGUGAUGUUUCUGAUAAUGGCAAUGUUACGACCACCCCUCCUCCCUUUCCAACCACCGCACCUCCACCACAUUCUGCCAAUUCCACCACUAAUAAUGCUACAACUCUUUGGUAGAUUUUGAAUGUUAUUUGUUGGA